AACUCGAGUUGGAAGAGGCGAGUCCGGUCUCAAAAUGGAGGUAAAACCGCCGCCCGGUCGCCCCCAGCCUGACUCCGGCCGUCGCCGCCGCCGCCGGGGGGAGGAGGGCCAUGAUCCAAAGGAGCCUGAGCAGCUGAGGAAGCUGUUUAUUGGUGGGCUGAGCUUUGAAACCACAGAUGAUAGCUUAAGAGAACAUUUUGAGAAAUGGGGCACACUUACAGACUGUGUGGUAAUGAGAGAUCCCCAAACAAAACGUUCCAGAGGCUUUGGUUUUGUGACCUACUCUUGUGUUGAAGAGGUGGAUGCUGCAAUGUGUGCUCGGCCACACAAGGUUGAUGGACGUGUGGUGGAACCAAAGAGAGCUGUUUCUAGAGAGGAUUCUGUAAAGCCUGGUGCCCAUUUAACGGUGAAGAAAAUUUUUGUUGGUGGUAUUAAAGAGGAUACGGAAGAAUAUAACCUGAGAGACUACUUUGAAAAGUAUGGCAAGAUUGAAACCAUAGAGGUUAUGGAAGACAGGCAGAGUGGGAAAAAGAGAGGAUUUGCUUUUGUAACUUUUGAUGAUCAUGACACAGUUGAUAAAAUUGUUGUUCAGAAAUACCACACUAUUAAUGGGCAUAAUUGUGAAGUGAAAAAGGCCCUUUCUAAACAAGAGAUGCAGUCUGCUGGAUCCCAGAGAGGUCGUGGAGGUGGAUCUGGCAACUUUAUGGGUCGUGGAGGAAACUUUGGAGGUGGUGGAGGAAACUUUGGUCGUGGAGGAAACUUUGGUGGAAGAGGUGGCUAUGGUGGUGGAGGUGGUGGCAGCAGAGGUAGUUAUGGAGGUGGUGAUGGUGGAUAUAAUGGAUUUGGAGGUGAUGGUGGCAACUAUGGUGGUGGUCCUGGUUACAGUAGUAGAGGAGGAUAUGGAGGUGGUGGACCAGGUUAUGGAAACCAGGGUGGAGGAUAUGGUGGUGGAGGAGGAGGAUAUGAUGGUUACAAUGAAGGAGGAAAUUUUGGUGGAGGUAACUAUGGUGGUGGUGGAAACUAUAAUGACUUUGGAAAUUAUAGUGGACAGCAACAAUCAAAUUAUGGACCCAUGAAGGGGGGCAGUUUUGGUGGAAGAAGCUCAGGCAGUCCCUAUGGUGGUGGCUAUGGAUCUGGAGGUGGAAGUGGUGGAUAUGGUAGCAGAAGGUUUUAAAUAAAACAGAAACGGCUACAGUUCUUAGCAGGAGAGAGAGCGAGGAGUUGUCAGGAAAGCUGCAGGUUACUUUGAGACAGUCGUCCAAAUGCAUUAGAGGAACUGUAAAAAUCUGCCACAGAAGGAACGAUGAUCCAUAGUCAGAAAAGUUACUGCAGCUUAAACAGGAAACCCUUCUUGUUCAGGACUGUCAUAGCCACAGUUUGCAAAAAGUGCAGCUAUUGAUUAAUGCAAUGUAGUGUCAAUUAGAUGUACAUUCCUGAGGUCUUUUAUCUGUUGUAGCUUUGUCUUUUUCUUUUUCUUUUCAUUACAUCAGGUAUAUUGCCCUGUAAAUUGUGGUAGUGGUACCAGGAAUAAAAAAUUAAGGAAUUUUU